AUGUUACGACUUACCUAUUGUUUUCUUGCGCUCCUAUUUUUAACGAUCUUACCAACUGAUGGUUUGUCAUUAGGCGAUGAUAUUCAGUCGCUCAAUACGACCAACUUAGAGAUAAGCGUGUUACAAGAUUAUCAGACAACAUUUGCGUAUACUGUCUCUAGUCCACGUGAUUUGGCAGGAGCCACGAUAAAUACAAAUAUAUUUACACUGUUUAACUACAAUGGUAGUCAAAUCUAUGUGUACAGCUCCUUUGCUAAUGAAAAUGAAAAUAAAGUCUAUCCGCAUCGAUGGAUAUUCUACUAUGUUCCGCUUAUGACCCCCGUGCGAACUUCGGAAGACGCUGUUUGGGCAUGGGCAAUGAACAAUGAAGUGCGUGUUAAACUAAUGCUAGGCGAUAAAGAGGUUGAACAUAUGGCACGCGAUGGAAUUUCAAAAAAAUUCGAUAGGAAAACGGCUGAGUUUGCUAAGUACUGGGAUAUUGCACCUUUAAUGAUUGAAUCAUUGACAGCAUAUGUUGUGACAGGAAGUAAUCUACCUGUGACUGGCGUUCAACCAUACCAUUCUGUCCACCCCAAUUCACUAGUUCUCAUAUUUCGAUUUUCUUGUUCGACAAAUGAAAAUGCACAGAAUGUUGCAAGAAUGAUUACUAGCGGUGAAUACGAAAUCGAAAUCGCAUUCUCCUUCGAUGGAUUUAAACGUACGUCAACGUCAUCAGUAUCAAUUACAGCUGAACAGUUGAAGAUUGUUGCUAGCAAAACAACGGCUGAUGGUGGCAAUACGGAUGCCAAAUAUAUUCAUCGGAAUCAAGCGUCGAAAUUUGUCGGACAAUACAUUACCAAUGUGAAGAAGAUUAUCUAUUCUGAAAAUUCAGAAGUCGAUAGUCAGUCAUUAGCAAGUGGACUUGAAGAUCAGUUUAUUGCAUUGCUUCAACAAGGAAUGGAAAAUGCCCAGAAAACUAUAAUUGAUGCCGGCCAUUUUAAUGAAACAUGGUCAUCAUCAGAUUUACAUCCUGAUCGGAUUACAUCGGAGUUGAGCAAAGUCUUUACGAAGAAUGUGUCCGAUACUGAACAACACUCAACAUCUGAUAAAUACUUUAGUGUCAAUAAGGAAAAAUUGAACGAACUAAUAAGUAGUAGCUCCAAGGAAGGUGGUGGGGGUGUGUCAUUCCUUGGCUUUUCAGCUAAUGGCAAAGGCAGUUCAACAUCGUCUUCCAAAAACACAUUUUACGACAAACUAUUACAGACAGACCAUCAGAAAUAUUCUAAAGAUGAAAUUGUCAAAUUGCUCAGCGAACAGCAAGCUGACUUUAGCUGGGAAGGGGAAAAGUUGGUACCGAAAUCGUUUCAUGUUUACAAAACGAGCGAUCUCACAGACAACUUGCAGGUCGCUUUAGUAGCUAAACAAAUUACCAUUGACAAAAAUCAAAGCGCAAUAAUACGUCAUGUUAGUACAAUGAACAGUCCAACAACUACCGGAAGCUCGCAACACACACCUACUCUUCUCACUGGUGAAGUAAAAAUCUACAGUGGGCGAAUGCACCCACCAGCUCCAUGGCUAAUUUGCAACGGAUCCGCUGUUUCACGAAUUGUCUAUCAACGCCUUUUUGCAACGAUAGGUUCCACAUAUGGAUCAGGCGAUGGUAUUACGACAUUCAACCUUCCAGAUCUGCGUGGAAGAGUACCGAUCGGUCUUGAUGCUUCAGGCGUACGCACAACCGUAGCAGGUUAA